UAUUUGAAUAAUUAUAACAAACAUUUUUUGUAUAUUUCUUUAGUUUGAAUUGAUAUAGCAAAAAUGACUUCUAAUAUAGCAGAGACAGAUUCCUACGUCACUGACUACGAAUCGCCGGAGAUUCCAAAUAUAGGUUUAUACAUUGGUGGGCGCAAUGCAGCUGGUCAAAGACAUGGUCGUGGUUGGGCGAUUCUUCCAAAUGGUGAUCAAUAUGAUGGUUUUUAUCGUAAAGGCCAAAGACACGGAAUAGGAUUAUAUGUUUUUCUUAAUGGAGCACGUUACUAUGGCAACUAUCGUUGUGGUCAUCGCAGUGGAUUUGGCACCUUCUUCUACCCUGAUGGAAGUCUAUAUGAAGGUUGUUGGCGUAAGGGUGUGAAACAUGGUAAGGGGCGUUAUACAUAUCCCAACGGUGAUUCAUAUUAUGGCGAGUGGAUAAAUAAUGAAAAACAUGGUGUUGGAAUUUAUAAAUAUGAUAAAGUGAAAUGUACGCCCAUGUGUUUCAAGGGUACUUUUCAACAAAACGAACGUCUUGGUCCAUUUGAAUUGUAUAUUGGUUCUGAUGAUCGCAAACUCAUAGUACAUGGCAAUUUUAGUAUAGAUUAUCCUAUUGGGCCCACAGUACUUAAUUAUAAUCACGAAAAUAUGACUGUUGGCUUUUUUCAAUCACCAAACUAUGAUGAAGUGCAAAGAAGUAAACUACAUCCACAUGCUGAAGGUGAGGCAGAAGAUUUUGGUGAGGAACUUGUUUUACUGCCAACAGAAUGGAAUGCACAAGAAAUUUGCGCUUAUGAUUAUUCACAAAUACCACAAGAUCCAAUACCAUUACCUCGCCCUGACUCUGAUGAAUCUAGUUGUUCACUAACUACAAAGCCUUCCGAAGAACAACUCAAAGAAAGUGUUGAGUGUUUGAUUGAUAUGGAAGAAGAAGAGGGUGGACAAGAAUGUAUACCAUGUGAGGAUAUGGAAAGUUGUAGCAUUACCAGUGCACUAUCAUCACUCAAUCUAAGACGAAGGGAUCCUUGCAAUAUUGAUGAAUUCGAUAUGAUAGAUAAGGAUCGUCCUGUCACUGACUGAUUUGGAGCGUUUUCGUAUAAAAAAUAAAUUAUGUUUAUUUUAUAUUCGUUUAACGAAUUUUUAAA